UUACCUAGUAUUACUACAAAUGGAAAUGCUCUGCUUCUAAAAUCUCAAGGGAAUCCCAAACACUAGUGCAUUAAGCCAUCUUUCAUCUUUGUGUGAUAUCUGAGAUUGAAGAAAAACAGAGAUGAAUAAGCUGGUUCUAGUUCCAUGUCCAUACCAAGGCCACAUAAACCCAAUGCUUCAGUUAGGUACGUUUCUUCACUCCAAGGGGUUUUCCAUUACCAUAGUUCACACCCAAUUCAACUCUCCCAGCUCUUCCAACCACCCUGAGUUCACCUUCAUCCCUAUUCCUGAUGGUCUAACGGCUCCUAUAGUCUCAUCUGGGAAUAUUAUAGCUAUUCUGCAGACUAUCAAUGCCUCUUGCGAAGCAAGUUUCGAACAUUGUUUGACCACUCAGAUAAUGAAACAAGAUCCGGAGAAGAAAAUCGCCUGCAUCAUUUACGACGAAUUCAUGUACUUUCCUGCAGCAGCUGCUACUCAUCUAAACAUCCGGACCUUCAUCCUCCGUACUACCGCUACGGCCAAUUUUCUUGCUCGUAGCACUGUCAUAGAACUUCACUCUAAAGGCCUCAUUCCCUUCCCAGAGUCUGUGUCAUCGGACCCGGUGCCCCAACUUCAUCCCAUCAGAUUCAAGGAUCUGCCAAUCUCACCCUGGGAUACAAUAGAGAAGUUUCUGGAACUAAUAGUUAGCUCACAUGAUGUUAGGAGAUCUUCGGCCAUCCUCUGUAAUACCACAGUCUGCCUUGACCAAUCAUCACUAGCACGGGUCCAACAACAUUGCCGAGUACCGAUCUUCUGUAUAGGCCCUCUUCACAAAAUCACAACAGCUGCCUCUAGUAGUUUACUUGAAGAGGACGCGAGUUGCAUCGAGUGGCUUGACAAGCAAGCACCCAAGUCAGUUAUCUAUGUCAGUUUGGGGAGUGUCGCAUGCAUUGGUGAGAAAGAACUUGCAGAAAUGGCUUGGGGAUUAGCUAACAGCAAGCACCCUUUCUUGUGGGUGAUCAGACCUGGCUCCAUUACGGGCUCAGAUUGGAUAGAGCUACUGCCUCGAGAGUUUAGAGAGGCUAUUGGAGAAAGAAGUUUCAUAGUGAAAUGGGCACCCCAAAGGGAAGUUUUGGCUCAUGGUGCUGUUGGCGCGUUUUGGACCCAUUGUGGCUGGAAUUCAACACUUGAAAGCAUAUCCGAAGGGGUUCCGAUGAUUUGCAAACCGUGUUUUAGUGAUCAGAAGGUGCAUACAAGGCAUGUUAGCCAAGUGUGGAAACUAGGUUUAGAAUUGGGGGACGAGUUUGAGAGGGGAGAGAUCGAGAGAGCUGUCAGGAAAAUUCUGGAAAAUAGUGAUGGGGAGGAAAUCAGGGUGAGGGCCAAAGAUAUGAAGGAGAAAAUAGACGUUUCUAUGAGCAAGGGUGGAUCUACCUACAAUUUCUUGAAUGAACUUGUUGAACUCAUUAUGGGAUUCUAAAUUGC